CUGAUGGGACUCAAUGUUAUCUACUGUACAUGUGUGAGUGUCAUGAUGACGCUUGCUGUAAUUACUUCUUUAUUGGCGGUUUUUCUAGUGGGAUUGUAUUCUACCAAUGCAAAUGAUCAAAGUGUUGAAAACAACAGACCAAUUAUUGGAGUUUUAGCUGAAACCCUUCCUGCCAAACGGUCUCAGUAUGGGCAAUAUUACAUUGCAGCAUCCUAUGUGAAAUUCAUUGAAUCUGCAGGUGGACGUGUUGUGCCCAUAUUCCCCAAUGCUACAUCUGAUGACAUACUGAAGAUAUUUAAUUACAUCAAUGGUGUACUGUUUCCUGGAGGUGGUGUGAGUCUUACUGAAUCUGGAUAUGCAAAGAAUGGGAAGCUCUUCUAUGAACUAUCUGUUAAGGCAUUUGAUGAAGGUGUUACAUUUCCAGUCCUUGGAACUUGCCUUGGUUUUGAGUUGCUCAAUGUCAUAACAAGUGAUGACAAAGUUGUACUUUCUCAUGUUGAUGCUGAGAAUCUUCCUACUCCAUUAAUUUUUGCUGAAGGUUUCAAGGAGAGCAGAAUGUUUUCAAAUGCUCCUGAACACCUACUUAAGAGUAUUCAAGAUUCUAGCAUCACUAUGAACAACCAUCACUGGGGUGUUACACCAGAGAACUUCCAGAACAACAAAAAUAUUUCAUCSUUUUACAAUGUCAUUUCCACAAAUAAAGACAGAGAAGGAAAGAUAUUUGUCUCAACCAUUGAAGGUAAACGUUAUCCUAUAUAUGGUCUUCAGUGGCAUCCAGAAAAGAACCAGUUUGAAUGGUCCCCAAGAGAAAGUAUCCCUCAUUCCCCUGAAGCUAUUGAACUGGGACAGUACAUAGCAAACUUUAUUGUAGGCCAGGCUCGUUUAAAUAAUCAUAAGUUUCCAAGUCCUGAAGAAGAAGCAGCCGCAUUAAUCUACAACUACAAUCCAAUGUACACUGGAAGUUUCUCCAACUUCACGCAGAUGUACUUCUUCUAAAUAAGCCUGGCAUUGAAACAUUUAUUUUGCACAAGGAAUUUUUAUAUAUAGUGUAAUAGGAGAAGUUUUUUACGAGAUGUUUUUGGCCCAACUUCAAUUUGCAUGAUGGAAGCAAAUAUAACCAUUGAAAUGAGCACUGAGCUUGGUCUUGCAUUUCCAAGCCCAUCGCACAUGAGAACAUUACAUUUUCUUGGAGAGCAACAUGAUUGGAUUAUAAACACACUUUGUGAUUUUUUCUAAAAUCUUUAAUUAYCUAUGUUAAGUAUGAUAUAUAUUUUAGCUAAUAUAAUUUGACUUGAAAGAUCCUACYGUUGAGCUGAUUUACGAAAAAUAGGUGAUUGCAUAGAUUUAGUUUAUAGUACUUUAGUGUCAAAAACUGUAUUUUAGAAAAUAUAUUACAUUACUCUACAACCUGGGGCAAUGKUCAAUAUUGGUUUUUAUUAUAUGACCGUGCAACUAGGAGUCUGGGUGCCAGCAAAUGGAGGCAUUUGAUUGGCCGAAUUCUAUUCGAAUUCUAUAUUUUCCUAGGUAGACCRGUCCGAGACCUAAAUACUGAAAGAAAAUGUUAUUUAGAUGUUGCAAGACAUUUAGACACUGUAACAAGUGUCGUACAAUGUAAUUCUUGAAUGUUUACUCAAACACUGAAGCUAUUAGCUAUUAGUGUUUUUGUCUUAUGUCAAUGCAAACUCCUCCAUCUUCAAGAUGGUUUCUUCAAGAUACAUCCAAGUCAUAAAUAAUUUAGAACUGAGUGUUAUUAGAGAAAAUAUAUUAGAGUUGGCAAGACACAGCUUUGUGGCAUUAAUGAUAAGUGSUUUAUAGGCAUAUCACCUCAUUUUGCAUGCAAUUUUGCAUUACAACAAAAACAAAAUUGCAACAACAAAAAGUGAAAUAAUAUAAAACACAUAACAGUAGGUGGUGAAAUAGUUAAUAUUAUUGCAAAAAUUCUUCAGUUUUCAGAAUUUAGUGAUCUUCUUUAUUAAAGAGGUUAUUGUAUG